GUUUGGUUGAAGCGAAAGAAUCACUGGCAGCAUCGACAUGACAUCCGCAGUCGAAGGAAUUGUGGACCUGCAGGAGCGCCUGGCCAAGCUCGCACCGAAUCUGAUGCUGCAGCCCAUGCCCAAGGUCGCCUUUUCCAAGGGCAGCCAUGGCACAAAAACAUCCGCCUCCCUGCGAGGCACCGACCUUUUGUUGGCUCUGUGUGCAACGGACGAACAGCGUCAAGUCGUAGUCGAACUGGUGGAAAAGAACAACCCAUUAGGACUCGAGCUCGCAUUGACGGGUGCUUUCGACGCCACGGCGAAAAAGUUCAACCUGACCAAAGCCGUGUUCUUGACAGACGCCCAAUUACUCGUCCACAACUUUGUCGAGCUGAUUGAAUUACGACUGGAAGACCCAGAGAGUGCCGCAGAGAGCUUGUCGCUUCUGUUAACGGAAAACGGCCAUUCAGACGCGGAUGUACACAUUGCCGAAGAGUGCCUCACCAUCGCUUAUGCUCUGCAGACUCUGCUGCGGGCCUUUCCCAGCAUUCCUCUUGCCAUUCAUGGCCAAGCCGUCGAAAUCAACGCCUCGACGGACGUUGCGGACAUAUUUGGCGCGCUGUUUGCCCCGAAAAAGGUGAAGAAGGCAUCCGACAAGAAGACUGCGACGGCAGCAUUCGCACAGACGCCCAAGAAGCGAAAAAAUAAAGCUUAAUCGAGCGUAUGUUGUAGAAUGCCAUGCCGCGAUCACCCCAGUAUUCUCGUCUCGUUCAUGGGUAUCAGCUACAUCCAGAACAUUGCGUCGUCAGCAUCGCAUAAAAUCAUUCGAUGCAAGCAAUGUGCAUAGUGC